UGUAAAUGUGGUGUGAGCGUGGUCGUAAUCUGUUGCUGCAACGUUUGGAAUUCUAACCAGGAUAUUCGUUUGGGCUCCACUUUAAAGCCAAGCUAGAAAGCAGUGAAGCAUUAAAGAAAAAAAUAUAUCUAUAUGUCUUUUGUCUUCCAUAACAAUUUUCUUUAGAAAACUCCUGGGUCAUACUUUGCCACCAAAUUCUUCUUGUCCUCUAUGGAAUUUUUUCUUAAGGUCUUCUAAGGAAGAUAUUGUGCAGUGAUGAAUGCUCAAGAAGUGGGUAUUAUUCAAUAUGUUUCACAUAGAAAAGGAUUUUCAGCUGUUUGCGAGUUCUCUGACUUUCAGGUUCAUGAAAUCGGUAUGGAUGGAAAAGAAAUCCACUUAACCGAUAGAACACUGCCAGAUGUUAUGGUUUUUCCUAAAAAAAAGACAAGAGUGUAUCCUUCUCUCUAUGAACAAUAUCAACUAUUAACUGCUGAUCAAUGGAACGAAAUUGAUGGCAUGAUAAAGAAUGAACUGCCUCUAACGAUUAAAAUUGAUGUUAGUGGCAAAAGUAAAGAUAAGCGACAGAAUCUAGCAAGAGUUCUCUCCGUGAAAUAUGAAGGACUUUGCUUCAAAACUUCCUGUAACGUUCUACAAAUCUCGAAGCAAGAAAAUGUAAAGCCCAGAAUUCGGGAACCUUCUCAUUCUGCCUUGUAUACACAGUUUGUUUUAUACAAGGAAAAUCUAAGCACGGCGACAGCCUUAGCGAGAUUGCAACGUAGCCGAAAACGAAAUGGCUUUAAGACUAACUUUUUCACUGCCGGCGACCUACCAAAAAGAGCCAGCACAAGUCAGUUGGUAACUGCAUUUGACUGGAGUCCUUUACAUGUUGUGGGUGGCUUACGAUCAAAUGUUAUUAUUGGAAACUUCGAAUUUACCAAGAAACCACUUGAGCCAGGUCAUCGCAUUGGCAGCCAUUACACGAUUGCGCUCCGGCAGGUGAUGGGAGAUGCCAGUGUAAUCAAAGCAAAUUUGGAGUCGCUGAAAAUCAACGGCUUCAUUAAUUAUUAUGAUACAGAAUGUUUCGGAAGAAGUCGUGAAGCACCUUUGCAUUUAGUUGGCAAAUGCGUAUUAAAAGGAAGCUGGCAGGAUGUCAUUAAUCUUAUGUUAGAACCUUCUGCUAUUGAUCCGGUUGAUGUAACUGGCGAAGAGUAUGCAGCGCUUGUGAAAUACAAAACGUCGGGGGAUGCUUUACUAGCCUUAGAAAGCGUACCGUCGGGCGCAUGUACCUCAAUCGAAUGUCAACUCCUCUAUUAUAUAAAGAACCGAAGAAAGAACGUCCACCGCAUGAUCCAAUCCAUUCCAUCCAGCAGGUUACAUAUUUACGUACAGGCCUAUUUGCGUUUCCUAUGGAACAACAUCGUGUCAAAACGUAUUACCGAAUUCGGAAUGGAGCCAAUAAUAGGAGACUUGGUCUACGCUUAUCACCGAGAAAAUGGCAGUACAGAAAAAUUCAAGCGGAAAAUCAUUUUGCUCGACAAAGGCAAUAUUCAAAAUUAUACCAUCAAUGAUGUUAUACUACCACUUCCUGGGGCUGAUGGCAUUUACCCGCGUAACGAAGUAGCAAGUUACUAUACCAAUUUUUUACUCAAGGAUGGAUUGUCAGAGAGCGAUUUGAAACGGGCCAUCAAGACGUACAGCGUCGACGUCGAAUACCGACCCGUCGUGUCGAAGCCCUUCGACAUUGUUUGGUACUUCAUACGUUAUAAUAAUCCCACAGAGACACUUGUUUGGUCGGACAUGGAUCGACUGAGGAAAAAGGAAAAGCCUAAUCUUAUUGAAAAUGGCGCUUUCCUCGGACUGGUGAUCGAAUUCGACCUACUUUCUUCAGUGUACGCAACGAUGGCGCUCAGAGAACUCACAAAAAUGGAUUCAAUUUUCGACUUCGUGACGCCAAAUGUGCCUGAUAACGAAAUAUUAAAGAAGAACUUGAUUUCAACUGAUCAUAAAUCAUCCGCGCAACCGGAGGCUAAGCGAAUCAAGUUAAUGGUUACAGUUGAGUAAUCACUACCAGGAGUUUACAUUCGUGUUCACCUAAGAGUUCAAGCAUCAGU